AGAAGGAUAUUAACAGUAGAAACAUUCAAACAGAUUGGUCAAGACUCAGAUCAGCACAGCGCUGCAGGGAGUUAUUCACACAAAGGAAGAAGAAACACAUCACUGCUACGAUUGGUAAUACAAAACUAACCACGGCUCCUUAAAAAUCUGCCAGGAUGAGUGAAAAAGUAUCUAAUGUGAAAUCAGUCUGCAUCAGAGCACAGAACAGGAAGGGUGGAACAAGACCUGGACCAAGAUGUCAAGCGACACGCAGCCAAGUCUUCAGAGAGCAGCUCAACUCUGCAGUCUCUGCAUCCAACGCCGUCUUGCAUUCUCUUCAGAGACGGUGGUCAGUUGACUUCUGCAAAUGCCAGACCCCCCCUGUCAUUACGGUGAGAAAAAACAAGAAGGAACCCGACCCUCCUCAGCGGAGCGCUUCUCUGCUGCCACUCCAGACUUCAUCACAUUCGUCUUUCAAGAGGUACUCAUGCCCCUCCAUAGGGAUCUAUAUGUCAACAUCCUCCUCCUCUACUUCCUCUUCCACCUCCUCCUGUCCUUCACCAACUUCUGUUCCGACAUCUGUCAUUAUUGGCCCAGAUCCAUUAGGAUGGAAAGUUCAACCCAAAUCUAGGUCUAGCUCUUCCCUGGUACGUGCCAAGAGACUGUCUCUACAAAUUCCUCUCCCUGCUGUCCCUACUCCCAGCUCUCCAGACCCAGGACCUUCAUCUCAAACCAAACCAGCACUCAAACCCAAACCCUUCCGCCGCCACCACUCUGAAUCCUCAGCCUUCCUGAGAUCACUUGAGAAGUCUCUGCCUGUGGUGACUGUUGAGCAGCUUCGUGCUGUGCAUCUUCGGCCUCUAAGCCUUUCUGAUGAAUUAGAUAAUGUCUUUGACGAGCCAAAUCAAGGGGAGGGAAGGGUGACCACACCAACUUCAAAAAACCCACCACCUGUGCCAGAGAAGACGGCCAUGGCCAGAAAAAUUGCAAAGCUGAUCGCUCGCUCACGACAACGUUGCUGGCCUGUUGUAGCAGAUAACAAGAACACCACAACAAUGAAGCCCAUGGCUAAACAUUGUCAUCAGAAUAUGGCUCACAACAACAUGUGUGCAACAAAAAUGGCUGAGCUGCAUCUUAAUAACGUCUGCAGAAGGAACAGGUGAACCCCACACUUCUUCCCUGGCUGUGAAAUGAGAGAAGAUAAGUGAAGAGUCGCCUAAUCAGCCUCACAAAUUACUGCUGCAGUUUGUGAAGCUGAAAGAAAAAUGUGUCCCUGGAGACAAGGUGUUCUGUCUGCUUUGCUUUUUUCUUUUUAGGCAUUAUGCUCUAAGUACUAAGAUUAUUGAAAAAAAUCAAACAUGUCUUUUUCAAUUUA